AAAGUGCAUGCAAUAUUUCUUAUGCGUUUUCCAUUAGUUUUACUUCUGAAAUUUUAAAAACAAUUUGCACCACCUUAUAAUGUUGUAAUUUGUCUGACAGGGUUAUACAACAAUCUGUAUAUAGUUUUUAGUACACUGGCCUGUCAGUAAACACACAGAAGUAUAUUUAAGUAAUACUGUCGUUUGAUUGUGUUCUUGUCAAGGUGUCCAUUUGACAGCUGUUUUAUUCCACUUUUUUUUUCUCAAUCCUAAAGUUCCACACCUGACCACUAGAUGGACUCUAGUUUUACAAACCUGCCUCAACCAGAGCGACACACCUGUAUGUCGAUGUCUUUAUUAGCAACAAAUGCCGUCUGUUCUGAUCGUUCAGACGUCUCCACACACUGCCUUGACACCGACACAUCUGUAGCUGUUUGAGGAGGAGAUGUUUCUGAGUAUUCGCUGGAGCUGAACUUUUCAAAGUUAUACCAAACUUAAGAACAAGAGAAGGAGAUGGACGUCUGGAGGCAGGGGAAACACUGGAGCCAACUGGGCUGACAGGGAGUGACAGAUGUGACCUCUACUGGCUGCUGAAACUCCACUGACCAUCCUGACCAGAGCACACCAUCAUGACUGACCUCCAUCUCUGAGCUCCCGCAGAAGUUGGAGGACAAGCAGAGUUCACACAGAGUUGGAAACUAGAUAACAAACCAUGGAUCUGUACAAAUAUUUAGGCUUACUCGUCUUCAUUCUUCCUGCAGAAGUUUGUUCCCAGGUUGCACCACAUGCCCAUGCUGAAGAGAGGCUUCUCAAGGAUCUGUUUGCACAUUAUAAUAAGCUCUCCAGGCCUGUGGAGAACACUUCAGACACAGUGCUCGUUCACUUUGGCCUGUCAAUUGCCCAGCUUAUUGAUGUGGACGAGAAGAAUCAGAUGAUGACUACAAACGUUUGGGUCAAGCAGGAAUGGAAUGACUACAAACUCCGCUGGGACCCAGAGGAAUAUGAGAAUGUCACCUCCAUACGUAUACCCUCUGAGAUUAUCUGGAGGCCAGACAUCGUCCUUUACAACAAUGCUGAUGGAGACUUUGCUGUAACUCACCUCACCAAAGCUCACCUGUUCUAUGAUGGUCAGAUAAAGUGGAUGCCACCAGCAAUUUACAAAUCCUCAUGCAGCAUAGAUGUUACAUUUUUCCCCUUUGACCAGCAAAGCUGCAAGAUGAAAUUUGGCUCCUGGACCUAUGAUCGUGCCAAGAUUGACCUCAUCAACAUGGACAGUAACGUGGACCAGAUGGACUACUGGGAGAGCGGCGAGUGGGUUAUAAUUAACGCAGUGGGCAAGUACAACACCAAAAAGUACGAGUGCUGCACAGAGAUCUACGCUGACAUCACUUACUACUUCAUCAUCCGGAGGCUGCCUCUGUUCUACACCAUCAACCUCAUCAUCCCCUGUCUGCUCAUCUCCUGCUUGACCGUUCUGGUGUUUUAUUUGCCGUCACAGUGUGGAGAAAAGAUCACCUUGUGCAUCUCCGUGUUACUGUCUCUGACCGUGUUUCUCUUGCUGAUCACAGAGAUCAUACCGUCUACGUCACUGGUUAUUCCGCUGAUUGGAGAAUACCUGCUCUUCACCAUGGUGUUUGUCACACUCUCCAUUAUUAUAACAGUCUUUGUGUUAAAUGUUCACCACCGAUCCCCCAAAACCCACAGCAUGCCUCAGUGGGUGAGGAGAAUAUUCCUGGACUUGGUCCCUCGAGUUCUCUUCAUGAAGCGCCCACCGGGAACAGCAAAGCAACACUGCAAGAAGCUCAUCGAGAUGAUUCACCAUCCCACAGUCAUAUCGGCAACAGGCAACUCACAGGCAUUUUGGACAGGCUUAGAGACAGGACUGAAACAGAUGGCACAGGUGGAGAAUACGCUGAUAAAGACUCCUGAUAGUCCAAGCAUUGUUGUCUGCUCACCUUCUCCAUCGUCUUCCCCACUUUCGGAGCAGACUGACGAAGAUCAUAAACCAAAGGCCAACAUUUUCUGCCAGUCAACAUUAAGUCAAUAUUCUUUUUUCUCGGAUAGACAACUUCUACGUGGACACAACUCCACAACUUUGUCUUCUUCUCAGUUGUCCUUGCCUCCAUCCUUACCCCUUGGCCCACUCCAUAGCUUCUCCAAAGAAGAAUCACACACCUUAGCUCCAAAUGGCCGUUCCCACAGCGUGGAGCAAAUGUGUGACCAGCAGAAGGAACUUUCACACAGAGUUGGGCAACAUUGUCGCUCACGCAGUUUCCAGUGUUGCUGUCCACAUGAUGAGGCAUCUGGUGGUAUCAGGAUAUCAGAGCGGCCGAAGAAAAAGCCUCCCACAAGUCAUCUUGGAGAAACCUUCUCAUUAGAGCCUACUAAGGAUGCCAGUACCCAGCAAGACAACUUAGUUGUAUGUGUGUCUCCAGCUAUGCAGCGGGCCAUAGAAGGAGUUCAGUACAUCGCUGAUCAUCUCAGGGCAGAGGACGCAGACUUCUCAGUGAAGGAGGACUGGAAGUACGUGGCCAUGGUCAUUGACCGGAUAUUCCUUUGGAUGUUUGUAUUGGUUUGUAUCCUGGGAUCUGUGGGAUUGUUUCUCCCUCCUUGGUUAGCUGGAAUGAUCUAGAACAUUCCAACAUUAAGAAAAGUAAUGAACAAUGACAGAUGGGCAAUGCCUUCCCGCACGAUAGUUUCUUUUUCUUAUUUAUCAUUUAUCGUAUCUAUCUAUUUUUAUUAAAAGACCUACAAGUCACCCUCCUAGGACUCACCUUGAGGUUACUCAUGAAGAAAUGAGAAGAAAUACCCAUUGUUGAUUCCACUGGGCCAUAUAAAUUCUUUAUGAGAGCCAGAAGGGCAACAGAAAAAAAUAUCUUUUCACACAAGUCCAUUUCAACAUAGAGUUAUUUCUUGAGCUUUCGACUUUGUGGAAAUUAUGAAAAGUCUGUGAAUGAUGUAAAAUCCUGGAUAACAGUGGAAAGACAAAGGCAUUGUGUGCUGCUGAUAAAUAAAAUUGGUUUUGAACUCAAUGUCAGUGUUCUAGUAUCCUCAAGCAAAUUUAACGAGACACUGAUCUCACCAAAUCCUCAAAAUUAUCUUGGAAACUUCAGAGUGUCAGAGCAGAAGGGAAUUCUGGGAGGGAUUUGCUGCGUGUUCAGGCGUGACAUGUUUGUGCAGCGGUCAUUGUCUGAUCAAGGACACACAGAUGUGUGCUUUUAUAGUCAUUACAUGUGUUUGGUGUUUCUCACACGUAAUUACAUUGAUUGGUUUUAUUUUACAAAUGUAUUUAACAAAAACAACAUUUUAGCAAACACAUUUCAUUUCUUAAAGGUGUUUUUAUUCAACAGAUAUAAAUAUUUGCCCAUUGUGGAACACUGAAUGUUUUCAGAGCAUUUUUAUUAUUAUGUGUUUUCACUUCUAAAUAAUAACGGAUUUGACUCAAUGAUAGUGGUGAAAUCUUUGGCUAUGGUGGUAUGUGUUGCUAACUCUAAUUGGAUAUGACGAUAAUUGUUGCUAACUUUGAUUGGCUAUAACCAGUGGUGCUGCCCCUGACUGAUAGGGCCACAACAAAUUAAAUAUUACACCAACAUGUUAAAUGAUUAAUUAUUCUGAUCCUAAUCAUAAUCAUAAUAACAGUUAUAGUGGAUGAUGCACAGUAUGUAGAUAUAUAUAAAUGUUCUCAAAUGUGUUGCAUGGGGCUCAUCGUUGCAUACUUUUUUUUGUAUAUAGAAUUCCUGUCAACGUCCCUGGCUAUGGUGAUAUGUGUUUCUAUCUUUCUUCUUAAUUUGUGCUAAAUUAUGUUAUAACCUAGCUAACAUUGACCAGUGCUUAAUGUCCUGUUGAAAUUUUAUGCAUCUUUGUUGAUUAUCUGAUUAUCUUGCAUUUUCUUGCCCACUCAAGUCUACAGAGUAUAGGCAAGUGUAAUACGAUAAGUUGGCCCUUUUUGAUCACCAAAUUGAUUAGCCUUUCACUUCCCUGCACAAAGUGUCAAAAUGAUUUGGAAUAUUUGAGCAAUUUUAUGAUCACUAUUUAGCUAAUACUGCUAAUCUCUAAAUGGGUCUAAUUUGAAAUAUAUAUUUAAUUCAUGACUAUGUACAUAGCAAAUACAGAAUUGGGAAUGAAACCUAGUCAAAACUUGUUUUUUAUAUGUUAAAUAUCUGUCUUUUCAAUCAAGCCCAUGGUGUUUGAUGCAGUUCCAACCUAACAAAGAUACAGUAUCAUGUAGUUUAAAGGCAAGUUACUUUACAUCUGGAUGCCCAGUGUGAUUAUUUCACUUUUGGCUCCUUCCAGUUUGCUAUUGUAUUUCUUCUGGCUCAGCAGUAGACAAGCCACUGAUCACUAUGUAAAACUAUACACAGUGAGAAAAUCGCAAUUUAGCAAAUUAGGGAAACAUUCCCUCCUGAACAAGGUGAAAUAGCACACAGGGCUUUAUCAUUAUGCAUUGAUUUUUAGCUCAUAAUCUGCAGAGAAAUACAGUACCGCGUUGACUUACCAUAUUCAUACAUACACACACAUAAUACCCCAAAUAUAUUCCACUAAUGUGAAAAAAUAUCUUAGGCAAGCAUUCUCUCUGUAAACACGUAUUCACAUGAGCAGAUAUUACCAUUUGUCCACCUGCUUCUCUCUGGAGAGUGAACGACAUGCUAUAUUGUCAAUUGAGUUCUAAAUUAAAAUGUGUGUGGUCGGUAUGAGGUUACAAACUAAUUUCCAUUUAAACCCAAGAUGGGUCUUCAGAGGAUACAUGGUGUUUGAAUAACUUCAUAUCUCCAAAAUGGUCCCACUUUAUCAACUGCCACAAGAAUAUUAGAACCCAUGUUAUUAAUUACAUCCACUGUAUAUGCCAGGUUCAUAAAUUUACUAUGCUCUUUCCUGCUACGUUUAACCAAGUGAUUGUCUAUGGUGGUAUAUUAGCUAAAGAUUGGCUAAUUAAUCUGGACCAGGAAAAAACUAAUUUAAUAACUGCAUUGUGUUGUUGUUUUUAUGAAUAACUCAAUUGUGUCUCUCAGAAUUGUCAUUCCCUAGAUGUCUACGAAGUGUCAAGAUGGUACAAUCCAUAGAUCCAAACCCCCACACUAGUUGUAAUUCCUCUCACUCUGCUGGCAGGAACCAGAAUACUUUCAGCUCACAAACCAAAACGGCUGGUUGUCAUAUUACCUUUCCAAAAUAAUUCAGGUCAAAAGCAUAGAUUGAAAAUAAAAUGUGUCCCACUUAAGCCAUUUAGAGAUGCCAUUUUCAUUGCAGUACUGCCAAUGACGAGUGGGAGUUGGCCCCAAAACCAAUAUUUGUUUUAAUAUACAGUACAUUUAUUUAAUAAUCCAUAACUAUUUUCAUUAUUCUUACAUCAUAUUAAAGACCCAUGCCUGCCACUCCCCAUCCCCCCAUGUAACAGUAGUUAACAGAACAAGAGAGAGCACGACAUUAUCUGCCGUUAAUGAUAGACUCCUGCGACAAUGCAAAAAAACGAUAGGUACGAUAGGUUUGAUAUGACAAAUUUCCCAAUUUCAUGUUUCAUUACUGUCAGGUAUUAUCACAGUUUGUGAGGCUGUUAUGUUAUGCAUUAUGUAAUGUAUUCAUAACAUGAUUCAAAUAUAUAUACAGUAGUCUGAUAAAUGACAUCUUUUACAUUCACGCGCUGCAACAGUGGGGACCCAGGGUUGGUGUUUUCUCAUCAUAAGAUGAUUUUAGUUCUUUGUAAAGUGUAAGGUUGGACAGGAGUGACAGAAACUGAAUCACAAAUUGAGCUGAAUGUGGACCAGCCAUGUCAAAAGGAAGCUAGAGAGUGACUAAUAGGUUCUCACCCAGUUCUGGAAUCUUUUUAUCAUGGCACAUUUUUUUCUAAUCAGGUUUAGCCAAACGUACUUGUCGUCAGUCACAGUUGACGGUUGAUGCUGUCACUUUGAGAAUUUUAAAGGGAUUUUUAAAUAUUUUGGAGUGCUCUUCCUUCAGUCUCAGUAAAUGUCUGCCCGUCUAAAGAUCUGAAGUACAGUAUUGUAGUACACACUACAGUAUAUAAAAUAUAAAAACCUGUCCCCCUUUGUACAAUAACAAUACAAUGUAUGGAUUUCACACAGUCUCACUCACUGAACCUGCUCUACAUUCUGAGACCAGCCCGUGAGAUCUGGUGGUCCCACAUUCAGCUGUCUGAAUUCCCAACGAAGACAUCUGUCUCAGUAGCCAGCCAAUCAAUUCUCCCAUUACAGCCCUCUAAUCACAUAAUCCAGGCUCUGAUGAAGUCUGGCUUAAAUAGGCCAGAGUGAAGGCCAACAUGUGACAGCUGUCCUACACCUGGACACACUGACAAAUCGGCUGGUGGCUGGGAGACCCCAGGCUCACACAAUGAGGUAAGACAUGAAGCACACAGACCCCAGGGAUCCUAUUAAAUCAACAACAUACACUUUUGGUGCAUUUCACCAUUUCCCCCAGCAAUCUGCAAAAUUCAGUGCGAUCACACCGGUCAGAACCAAUCUGAAUGUGCUGCUGCUCACACUGAUGGGUGAGUGUGCAUGGUUUCCCUGAGGGAACCAGGAGGAGGGAUCAUGAUUUGUGUGUGUAGGUGCCCUCUGGUCUAACAAUAUUUCCUGAGAAAAAGGAGACAUCGUACAAAGUACAUGGUGUCUUCCUACUGCAACUAUUGCUAUAAAACUAGAUGUUUGCCAUGUACAUACCCUCAGGGACAAAGUUGCUGACAGGCUGAUGGUGGUGACACACUUGUCUGACAGUUUUGCCCUCUCAGCGUUUGUGCUGGUCUGAUUGUUAAAUAUUAAAAAUCUCAUAUUAAAGGCUGAAAAUUCUCAACUAUAGUUUUUUUUUAAAAUAUAUAUAUUCCCGUUCAAAUUACUUCCAUUCGCAGUACUCCUGACACUGCAUGUAGGAAAAGAGAUAAAGAGAAAUGCAUCAUAUUAGUUUGGCCUCAGGUAACAGUUGGUCACCAGGCUCCAAGUUGUCAUUUAAAGACCAGUUCUGCUCUUUCUGCUUUAGGGUUCCACCUUUAAAUAAACCUCAGUUCCAGUUGCACUAAAGCAUCCGCCUAACAAUUAUACUCCAAAAUCUCUAUCAUUUACUGUGAGGAUAAUGUUCUGUAGGUUCUACAUCUCUCCCUUCCUACUUCAAAUUUAGGACGUGUAGUUUUAGUUUUGUUUUUUAUGACUAAAUUAUAAACUUUUUCUUUUUUUCUAAUCUGGUCUGGAUGUGUUUCAUCAGCAAAAGUGAAAAUUGUGCCAAGUAAUUCUCUGUCCUCUUAAUAGAUAUUUCACAGUCUCUAAACGAUUCUUUGGCAUUCGUUGUAAAUGAAUUUGUUGGUAGCUUUUAUUUUCUACCUGCCAGUUUUGUUCUUUACAGAGAGAAUCUCUCUGUCAUAGCAGAUUUUACCCCUUUGGAAAGUUCUAUUGUACAUUUUUCUCCUGCUCUGUAAAUGUCAAAGUGUUUCUGUUUAGGUCAUAAUGACAUUUCAAGUGUUUGGUCAGUACAUCAGAAAGUCAUAUAAAUCAGCAGCAUACUGCUGUUUUGCUGUAAACUUCAAUAAAUAAAGUAGAUUGAUGAGGACGCUUAUAGCUUUGAGCUGGGUGUUGUGCCAACUUAGAUUAUCUCAGGCUUUUUAGAUAUGGCUAAUAUGUUACUGUUUUCUUUUUUGUCCACAGUGCACCUAUCAAGAAUUCAGCCUUUCCUAGGCUCUUCCAGUUGGCAAAGAUGAUGCAGUCUCCCUGCCCAUCACCACAGGCAAUAUGUGUCAAAAAGUAUGAGGGUAAGCUUCUCUCCAACAUGAUUUAAUAAAGAGGUUAUAGCCGUAGCUUUAAAGACAAGCAAUACAAGCAGGGAAGACGGUGGACGAAAGAAAGAGACACACUUCAAAACUGUGAUCAGGUCUCCUAACUCCAGAGGUUGUAGGUUUAAAAUAAGUUGACUUUUGAAUCUAGGUUUUCUGCACUCAGCAUCAGAGCAGAGGUUUUUUUUAAGCACACCAUCAUUUUUAGCACAAACUAUACAUCUGGGUUACAAAUACAAAGUCAUCGCAGUGUUUCCCCUUCCAUUAGGAUUUAGGAGAGUGUUCUAAAGUAUCACACACCCUGACCAGAAAGCCAUAAACCCUGGGGAAACACCGAACACUUGACAAGAGUGAUUGAAAUCUUUCACCAGAAGACGUAUGACAAAGAAUAAUUUAAAAACAAUCCGGUCCCAAAGAAAUAUUUCUAUUGCUUAAAAAAAAAAAAAAAAA